ACCAUUGUCGACGGAAGUAGACUUUUGUUUUGUUCAUGCCUUCGCAGCUGUUGUAGAAAAGAGCUUCAAGCGCUAACAGCAGUCUCACUUGUCUUCGCUACUUUUAGGUCUAAACAUGUCUCACACAAUUCUGCUGGUUCAGCCGACCAAAAGACCAGAGGGAAGAACGUAUGCUGAUUAUGAAUCUGUGAAUGAGUGCAUGGAGGGAGUGUGUAAGAUGUACGAGGAGCAUCUGAAAAGAAUGAACCCCAACAGCCCGUCCAUCACGUACGACAUCAGCCAGCUGUUUGAUUUCAUUGAUGACCUGGCUGACCUCAGCUGUUUAGUGUACCGGGCUGACACACAGACCUACCAGCCGUACAACAAAGACUGGAUCAAAGAGAAGAUCUAUGUUCUGCUGAGACGCCAGGCCCAGCAAGCGGGGAAAUAAAUUGAAUUAAACAUUAUUGUGGGCUGCACUGAUUUUUAAACCCCCCCCCCCCCCCCCCCCCUUGAUUGGAGCUACAGUGGGCAAGCUAGCUAGAGCCAGCCACGCGUUCAGACUCCCCUUGUUUGUAACCAUUAAAACAUAAAAUGUAUAAUUUUUUUUCUCCCCCUCAUGUUUGUUUCAGAAUUAAGCCACAAGGUUAUGAAAGUGGUUUAAAUGACAGCUUAUUGUGUUCCCACGUGUUCAGUUUUGAUGUGAGUUUUUGUUGUAAUCUUAUGCCUUUAUCCAGUUUUAUAAAAUGGUGGUAACUAUGUUAGCUGAUUUUGCUUUUGAUCAGCUUUGUAUUUUUUUUGUCAUUUAGUACAAUAAACAACUUGAUUUAAA